AUGGCCGACUCUUCGUCCUCAAGCUUAAAAGGCGAAAACAGAUCGCGUCGUUCCUGGACGAUAUCUGCAGAAUCAAGUGCAAUUGAGAGCAAUGAUCGGACAUCCCAUGAUUCUAUCCUCGAGAGACCGAAAACCCAGGGCGGAGAAGUAGCAGAUCCCACCAAGGCUGGACCUAGUGGAUUCUCGAAGUUACUCGAUGCGCGUCGGAGGCGGAAACAAAAUAAAAAGAAGACCCAAAAACAAGAAGAUGAACCGCCGGUGCCGACUGUGGUGGUGGAACACGACCUACAUGAAAGUCGCUCCAAUGAGUCUCGGGAUGGGACCUCCGCAGCCCCGUCGUCGGCUGCAGAGAGCAUUACGCCGGAGAGUGAAGGCAAUCACCUUUUGACCGAUGAUGAGGAACCGGACGGAACUCCGCCGCUCACCUCACAUAAUUCCCAUACCGGAUUCUACACCUCAUCUUCGCCAUUGUUUAAGACCACAUCGGUAGAUGCCGAGUCAGCUAUCAGCGGUCCAAGUGCCACUGGAUCAGAAUCAAAUCUGAGUGAAAGAAUGUCCCGACGUGCAACAUCGGGUAUGGCAUUGGAUGUUCCCACGGACGCAAAUGGCAAGAAACGCAGUGUAUCCCCUGGACGACGCCUCAAAGACGCUUUCACCUCCGAUAAGAAAGGCGCUCAUGACGACCCCGAGGAUUCAUCAAUCAAGCCCGGGGGCCACAAAAGUGGGCGGGGUCUGUUUGGAGGCAGUCGACGGAGCAGUCUUUCAUCAAAACAAGUACAGGCGGCCCCUGAUGAUGUUCCGCCUUUGCCUGCGCCUAUUCGUACCGAUCUAAAGGACAACAAGCCUCGUUCACUUCAAGCGAGCCCUAUGCCGAACACCCCACCUCAUACCGCUAUUCCUGCGCCAGCGACAACUGUAACACCUCCAACUCCAACUGAGCACCGCCCUCUCAGUGCGCGAAUCCUGUCAGAUAAUGUUACCGAUUCGCCCGAGUCCAUGCAAUCUGAAAAUUCUCCAUCCGGAGUCACCACCGUGAGCCCCUCUGGAAAUAUGAUCUCCCACCGCCGGGUGCGAUCCGCUUCUGCAGCUCAUGGCCCAAGCAAACUGUCCAAUUCAAUGUCUGUUGCAUUGACACCACUUGAAGAAAAAGCACCGGGUACGAAGAGUCCGACUUCAAGCCAGCAACUCGGUUUCUUCUCCUCGGUGUUUUCAGUUGCACAAAACGCCGCCACUUCAUUCAGUAAUACCAUCAACGCACAACAGAAAAAUCGUCCGACUUCUCAGCCUGUUGCUACCGAGGCUGACAAAUCUGUCAAUGGGGCCGCUUCGGAGGGGAGUGACAGAGCUUCAAAUACCAGCAGCAAGAUUGCGGAUGGGAGACCAUCUGCCGUAGAAACUCUUGGGGCAGGAGAUUUGAACUUCAGCCAUUUGGACAUUGACGCCAAACCAGGUGAGUCAAUCACGACUCCUGACGGCGUGGUGAUCACAAAGCCAGGCGGCCCUGUUGACAAGCGCAACAACACAGCUGUCUCCCGGCGCGACGAGGAAGCUGCCAAGCUUGAAGACAAACGCGCAGCGCGCGCUGUUCAAGUAGCAUACGAAAAGCCCUCAGACCUAGAAGAUGCCCUAGAGAGUCAGUCUACGACCUCGCUUCCAAGAGAUGGCAUAAUUAUGGGUGAUCAGACUCCCCCUAGUGGCAGCGUCCUUGAUGGUGACCUGAGCGGGGGCCUCAGACGCACUGGUAGUGUUCGCAGCAGACUUGCUCGGCGUCAUCGUGGCUCGUCCGGGGCCACGGCCUCGACUAUCGGAGCGAUUGCCGCUAGUGCCAUUGCACUUGGUGCUCCUGGCGCUAAUUCAAGUGUACCUCGAUUGACCGGCUUCGCCGUUGCGAGUAAAAAGCGCAAUCGAGAUUUCCACCAAUUAUUCCGGAGUGUACCUGAAGACGAUUAUCUGAUUGAAGAUUAUAGCUGUGCCCUGCAACGUGAGAUCAUUCUUGCCGGCCGCAUCUAUAUCUCAGAAGGGCACAUCUGUUUCUCUAGUAACAUCCUGGGAUGGGUCACAACUCUAGUGAUCAGCUUCGAUGAGGUUGUUGCCAUUGAAAAAGAGAGUACGGCUAUGGUGUUCCCCAAUGCUAUUGCAAUUCAGACACUGCACGCCCGUCAUACUUUCCGCAGUUUGCUUAGUCGCGAGUCCACAUAUGACCUAAUGGUCAACAUCUGGAAGAUCAACCACCCCAGCAUCAAGAGCUCUGUGAAUGGAACCCGGGUGACCAAUGGUACCGGCGAUAAGACAGAGAAGGUUGGGGAGGAGGAGAGCGAGUCCGAGACUGAUCUCAGCGAUGAAGAUGAAAUAUACGACGAGGACGAGGAAGGUGACAAUGCCGAUAGCUUCUUUGAGGCCGGCGGCAGUGCCAACGCCAGUGCUGCGUCAUUGCCACGAGCAGGUUUGAGCCGCAAGGCUUCAAGUCUAUCUGCGAAUGCAGCUAUGCCCGCGGCCGGCACAAAUGGCAACGUCGACAAAAAGAGUGGUGAUAAGAAGAACGGCGACAAAGGCACUUCCAAGGAGGCGCCUCCCGAUUUCCCAGGCCCGGCUACUCAUGCACCUACUGAGUACGUUAACCCCGACGGACAGUAUGAAAAAGUCAUCAAGGAUGAGGUUAUUCCAGCACCGCUCGGCAAGGUCUUCUCUUUGGUUUUCGGCCCAGCGUCUGGCGAGUUUAUGACCAAGUUCCUUGCUGAAAACCAGAAAUGCGGAGAGCUACAGUUCGAGGGAACAGCGAAGGGGUUGACGAUGGAAGUCCCAACCAGGAAGUACUCGUACAUCAAACCUCUCAAUGGCUCCAUUGGUCCGAAGCAGACAAAAUGUAUCAGUACCGAGAACCUGGACUUCUUGGAUCUUGAAAAGGCCGUUCUUGUCACUCUGAGCACCCAAACACCUGAUGUGCCCAGUGGCAAUGUUUUUGCUACCAAGACCAAGUACCUCUUCACAUGGGCUGCUGGCAACCAAACUCGCUUCCUCAUGACCUGUACUAUUGAGUGGUCAGGCAAGAGUUGGCUCAAGGGCCCAAUCGAGAAAGGUGCAAUUGAUGGGCAGACGGCCUUUGGUAAUGAUAUUCUCAAAGCUUUGCAGGUUGGAGUUAUGCCCCGCGGGCGGUCCAAUGGCGCUGGACGCGGCAAAGGAAAGCGCAGGAAGGGCGAUGGCGUAGGGCGGGAGUCGACCGCAGCUGCUUCGUUGAAGGUCGCUGUGGAUCCCAAAGCCGGAAAGCAAGAAUCAUGGGGACUACUCGAACCGGUCCGCCCCCUCCUGGAGCCCUUUACCAGCAUUCUCAGUCCGCUAUGGAGUAGCAACUUCGCUAUCUUAGUUAUCGGGAUCUUGUUCUACAUGGCGUUCUUCCGAUCCCUAUCAUCGUCGUCCAUGAUAUCGCACCAAGCCGGCUGUCCCGGUCACGGCUUGCCUCAAAGACUGGCUGCAUACGAGGAGAUGUGGCGACGUGAAGAGACUGAGCUCUGGAACUGGCUGGAAGAUCGAGUUGGUAUGGACGGAAUGGUCUUUCCAAACGUUUACCGCUCGCCCGAGCCACACCCAAGUCGCAGGUCAUCUGGAGUCAGUAUGAGUGACGAGCGUGAGCUCACUGAACGCCUACGGGAAGAGAAGGUCUCUGACCGUGAGAUGGACCAUGCCCUCCGUACCACACGCCAACGUCUCGAAGUCCUUGAGGAGAUGAUGGACAGACGCAAAGCUCACUGGAAAGUGGACGAGCCAGUCAAGUCCGAAUUGUGA